GUUUACCGCAUCUGUUUAUGUUUGUAAGCAAAAUCCACCCACAUUCCGCACAGUUCCUCAUCUGGUGGCCACUCACCAUUCCUGACAUUCCAAUUGCGCCUUACAGUAAACAGAAGCUACUUGUUUCCCAACAUGUUUACCUAACGAGCGCGAGUCUACACUCGCCUACCGUCGUCCAAGUAUGAAUGUAUCGCUGACAUUCGAAGUGCUCCUGUACCUGAACUCAUACUACUUCGGCCUCUUUGCCAUCUGCGAGAUCGGAAUGAACGUGGUAAAAGUCAUCAAUCAGCCGGUACCAAGUUUCGGCACUGAGUUCGGCAUUCUUCUCGCCGUCUGCGGUAUCGAAUUGAUUCGCGUUAUCAUUGCUCGUAAAGGAAACUUGACUGAAAAAUGGUGGCCUGUAUUAAUCGCAAUACUAUUCACGAUUCCGUCUGCAGUCGGAGUGGUCUACUUCCUGCUGUGGCAAAGCUUUGUGAUCAGAUUUGAAUAUAUCAUCUGUGCAAUCCAGUUGGGCCUGCAGGUUGCGGAGAUAUUUUUUGGAAUUCUUGUCCUGCUGCCAAUAUGCAAAACUCCUGAAUAUUACUGAUUUUAUUUUCGCGUUUUUCGAAUUCAAGCAUUUAUUAGGAGUCCCGGUAUGGUAUUGAUAAUAAUAGUUGUAGAUAAUCCACAUUUUGUGAUUUGGUUGUGAUUUGUGAAGCACAAUCUAGUUAACAAUCAUUCUAGUCUUACUGUAAGCAGUCUAGUCGUUAUUACUUCAAGUUAUGGUCUCAUAGAGUAGGUGUUUGAAUCAAAACUUAUCAAACUUAUCAGCUUCAAAUACCUCUAAGGUUUCCAAGCCCAAGCCUAUGCCAAACUCUAAUAUUGAAGCUGUUGUGAGAACUAAAUUUAUUACAAUGCUAAGUACCUUGAAUGUAUUUACAAUUUUACUCUUUCUGACUGAUUUUUUAAGUCAAUUAGAUAAAUAUUUCUAAUAUCAAUUAGGUCGUUCCAUUACAUAUGAUAUCAAGGUGUGAAUAACUCAGAUCACUCAGAUAUUGUUUGAAUUUAAAUGUGGGGGUAUUAUUUCAUGUAUAAUAACAACAAAAAGAAUUAAAUUUAAUAAAAUAUUUGAUUACUGCCGAAUAA